AAAGCUCAGUUGCCUUCUACCCAUGGCAUGUUUAUGUCACCCAUCCAAUGCAAACACAUUCUCUCUUUCUAUCAAACUUUAGUUAAUGGAGUGCAAAUUUGCUUUAUUAGCUUUUUCUUGUUUACUUUUGCAACAAUGUGUAGCUUAUAAUGUGGAGGAUUCAACAACAUUGGAGGUUCCAAAAUUGAAUAAAUCAACAAGUUAUUGUAAUGUUUUUCAAGGUAGUUGGGUGUAUGAUGAUGCUUAUAAUCCAUAUUAUAACUCAUCUACUUGUUCAUCACUCAUCAAAGAAUUUGAUUGCUUAAGCAACGGACGCCCCGAUCAACAUUACCUCAAAUAUAAGUGGAAGCCUAGCGAUUGCGAUUUGCCAAGAUUCGAUGGUCAAGAUUUUGUGACAAGGUUCACGGGUAAGAAGAUAAUGUUCGUGGGAGAUUCCUUAAGCCUUGAUCAAUGGCAGUCAUUAACAUGCAUGUUGCAAACUGCCCUGCCACAUUCUACUCACAAGUUCACAGUCAAGCACGGCCUCUCUAUAUUUACAAUAAUGGAGUACAACAUUUCCGUGAUGAUGUAUAGAACCCCAUAUUUUGUUGAUGUAGUAAGUGAAAAGAUAGGGAGGGUGCUAAAGCUUGAUUCUAUCAAAAAUGGAAAUGCUUGGAAAGGGAUGGACGUUAUCAUCUUCAACAGUUGGCAUUGGUGGGUCCAUAAAGGAAGCACCAGUCAAGGAUGGGAUUACAUACAGAAGGGUAAGAAGAUAUAUAAAGACAUGGAUCGUUUGACUGCUUAUAAAUAUGGAUUGACAACUUGGUCUAAGUGGGUUAACAGCUAUGCUAAGAACUCUCAAGUUUUCUUUCAAGGCAUCUCCCCAACUCACUACAGAUCUCAAGAGUGGAACACGAGUACUGGAAAUUGUAAAGGAGAAACGACACCGAUAUCAGGAUCAACAUAUCCGACAGGCUUACCGGAACCGGUAGGAGUAGUAAAAGAAAUAUUGAGUAGCAUGUCAACAAAGGUUACGUUACUAGACAUUACAACAUUGUCUCAACUAAGAAAAGAUGGACAUCCUUCAAUUUAUGGGUUGGAUGGAAACCAAGGAAAUGAUUGCUCCCAUUGGUGUCUUCCUGGUGUCCCUGAUACUUGGAAUGAACUCUUGUCUGCUCUUCUUGUUUCUCAACCUAAGAAAAGGUUGUUAUUCAACCAACUAUGAUUGCUCAAGUCAUUGUUAGUUUGUAUAUGUUAUUGUUAAACUUUGGUAUCUUCUAUUAUAUAUAUCCUACGUUUUGGGUUGUAUUAAGUGUCCAUGGAAUUAAUAUUUAAUCUUAAUUAAUACAAAUGUAAUGAUGUCUUGGCCUAGUGGUUCAGACACAAGGUAUGUGUACGAUAGGUUUCAGGUUCAAAUCCCCACUCCCGUUUGUAAUUUAUAUUGUCUUUGUGGCUCAUGCGCACAAAAAAAAAUAAAAAAAUUACAUACAAAUGUUAAACAUUG